AUGUCUCUGCCUCUGAAAGAACACCGGGUUUCGACCAAUCCUCAAGGUGAUAGUGACGGUUUCGAUUCUCCUGACUCCACUGGAAAGGACAUUCUUGAAUUCGAUAUCGAGGAUGAGGUCUUGGCGCUCAAGACUCACCUAGUGAACAAUGCAAACGACGAACUUGGAUGGACUCCUUUCCACUGGAAGCUUUUCUUUCUCAAUGGAUUUGGCUAUGCCGUGGACUCGCUGUUGACCAUGGUACAGGGUGUUACCGGAGCACAGGCAUUUCGGGAGCUCGCCACUGCGUCUUCUUACAUCAAUGCAGGAGUCGUAGCGCAGAAUGUCGGUCUCCUCGUGGGAGCACUGUUCUGGGGCUUCGGCGCUGAUAUUCUCGGAAGACGGCUGGCGUUCAACCUGACGCUCUGGAUCACUUCUGUGGCCAUGGUGGUGGCGGGUGCAGCACCUAAUUUUCCCUUUUUGGGAGCCUUUCUCGCGGUGUCUACCUUUGGAUCCGGUGGAAACUUGAUCCUUGAUCCUACAGUUCUGCUUGAGUUUCUUCCAGGUAACAAGCAAUGGGUUGUCACCGCUCUGGCCGGGUGGUGGGGUUUUGGGCAGUCCAUCACAGGAUUUGUCGCCUGGGGUUUCAUGACACAAAGCCGCUGGAAUUGUUCCGAUGGCGAUGACUGUGGGUGGUCUAACAAUGCUGGCUGGCGAUACACCAUGUUUACCUGUGGCGCACUUGUUUUUGUUCUCUCGAUACUCCGUGUCACGGUAGUUCGCCUCGUGGAGACGCCCAAGUUCCUCCUCACUGCUGGGCGAGAUGUAGACUUGGUCAAGUACUACCAGGAUCAGGCUCGCAAGUACAAUAGGCCCUGCUCACUCACAUUGGAGAAGCUGGAAUCAUGCGGGCAGAUCCGCUUGACGCAAAGGGAGGGAAAGACGUUCAUCCUCAGCGACAUCAAGGGACAUGUGGAGGGCCUCUUUGUCUCGCGCAAGAUAACCUUGAGCACCAUUUUGAUCUGGUUGUCCUGGGCCAUCACGGGACUGGCUUAUCCGUUGUUCUACGUGUUCUUGCCGGCGUAUCUCUCAACUCGAGUGCCCGGUAAGGCCGUCUCACAGUUCGAGACAUACCGAAAUUUAACACUGACAACUAUUUCUGGAAUCCCCGGGUCACUUAUUGCUGGCUACCUCGUUACGACAAGACUGGGACGCAAGUACACCAUGGUCAUUGGCGCCCUUGCCAGUAUGGCUCUCUUUUUUGGCAUUACCGGGAUUAAGACUGAUGCCCAGAAUGUGGGCAUAUCAUGUGCUAUCUCUUGCGGUAUCAACAUCUACUACAGCACUUUGUAUGCUUAUACCGCCGAGGUCUUCCCCUCGGCACAUCGCGCGACAGGGAGCGGGAUCGCAGUGGCCUUCAAUCGGCUCAUGGGCAUCGUGUCGGCCUUUGUGGCUUCGUCUGGCAAUACUGCUACAGCUGUUCCGCUUUACGUAUGUGCAGCCUUAUUCGGUGGCUUGGCUUUGAUCUCAGCUUUGUUCCCCUUUGAGCCGAAUGGGCGCCGCAGCUCUUAA